CAGAUUUCCUCCAGCUUUAACAGGGACUUGCAGGCAAAUCGCUGUUUUAUUUGACUCAAAAUGGUCGUCUUAGCAGCCUCAAUAUGUACGAAAGGCGGCAAAGCCGUUUUAUCUCGCCAAUUCCAUCCGAUGACGCGAACGCGCAUCGAGUCGCUGCUCGCCUCUUUCCCGAAGCUCAUCCCGACCAACUCGCAGCACACCUCCGUUGAGACGGGCGAGGUCCGCUACGUGUACCAACCACUUGAGGAGCUCUACAUCCUCCUCAUCACCAACAAAGCCUCCAAUAUUCUCCAGGACAUCGACACCCUCCACCUCUUUGCUCGUGUCGUCACUGACAUGUGCCGCUCCGCCGACGAGCGCGAGAUCCAUCGCAACGCGUUUGAACUCUUGGGUGCUUUCGACGAGAUCGUCAGUCUGGGGUACAGAGAGCAGGUCAACGUGAUGCAGGUUAGGAGUGUUCUGGAGAUGGAGAGUCACGAGGAGAAGAUCCAGGAUAUCAUCGCCCGAAACAAAGAAGCAGAAGCAAAAGAGGAACUAAAACGGCGCGCACGCCAGCUCGAGAUGCAACGACGCGAGCAGCAGAAACGCGCCUCCUCCGGCAUGGGUGGAGGCAUGGGCUCCAUGGGUGGCUCGUCCUACCUCGGCGGCGGCGUCUCGGGCUACGCGCCCGUCUCGCGCUUUGAAGCUCCCGAGGUAUCAACGUCGCGCACUGCCUCGCCUGCGCCCGCUGCAGCUUCGCGCGCUCCUGCAUUCAAGGGGAGUGGCAUGAAGCUCGGCGCAAGCAAGAAGACCCGCCAGGCAGAGCUCAUCGACGCGCUCGGCGGGGAAGCCCUCGUGGCGGAUGAGAUGUCGGCUCCCCCGACUCCCCAGCCUGUCGAGCCUCCUAAUCCUAUAAACACUCGUGGGAGUUUGCCGCCAGUCGACCAGGAGAGUGUCCACAUCGCCAUCAAAGAACAAGUCAAAAUCGAGCUCGACCGCGAGGGCGGCGUCAAGUCGAUGGACUUCCGCGGCGAACUCAACCUGCAGGUCAGCGACGCGGCAGUCGCGCACAUCAAGCUCGCGCUUGUCCCUCCCUCGGCCGACUUUGGCGCCGACCUGCAGCUCAAGCAGCACCCGAGCACUGCCAAGUUCACCUCCGGCCAAUCCGCACGCCUUAUUCAACUCAAGGACUCGUCGCGCGCGUUCCCUGUCAACCAGUCACUUGGUGUGUUGAAGUGGAGAUAUCAGGGCAAGGACGAGAGCUUUGUUCCCUUGUCGAUCAACUGUUGGCCAUCGCCAUCCAACGACGGCACCGUGGAUGUGAACAUCGAGUACGAGCUUGAGAAUGAACACGUCACGCUCUACGACGUCGUCAUCUCUAUUCCCCUCCCCGCCGGCUCAUACCCAACCGUCGCUUCCCAUACCGGCACCUACGAAGUCAAUCCCAGUACGCAUUCGCUCGACUGGCGUUUGUCCAAGAUCUCCCCAGACGAACGCGACGGCUCGCUUGAGUUUACCGUGGGAGGCGACGACGCUGGCGCUUUCUUCCCCGUACGCGUCAACUUCGUCGGUCAAGGCUCAAUCGCGGGCAUUGCUGUCGAGAAAGUCAUGCGUGCGGACGGAGGAGAGGAGCCGCCGUUCUCGGUCGACUCGAUUGUUUUGUCUGAUGAUUAUUUGGUUGUUUGAUAGUGGUGGUUUUGUUAGUAUCUUCGAGCGAGCGGAAUGAUAUGAAAUGCGGAUUCCGCGCAGCUUUAUAAGA